UGUGGCUUUUCCGGGGAGUCCGGGCCCCCGGCCCCGCGCCCCUGCCCUCCUCCAGCGGCCGGCUGCCGGCGGGCCGGGCCGCGGCGGCGGCGAGCACGAUGAUGAUGUCCCUGAGCAGCAAGCAGCCUUUCGGCCUCCCCCACGGCGGCGGCAGCGGCGGCGGCCUCCACGAAACCAAGUACUCGGCCCUGCACAGCGCCUCGCCCUGCCCCUCCGCCGGCGCCGCCGCCCCCGCCGCCAGCUCCCCCAGCAGCACCGGCACCGGCGGCUCCGCCGGACGCGGCUCCGGCUCCGGCUCCGGCCCCGGCGGCAGCGGCGGCUCCGGCUCCGGCUCGGGCUCCGGCAGCGGCGGCGGCGCGGAGGCGAUGCGGCGGGCCUGCCUGCCCGCCCCUCCGAGCAAUAUAUUCGGCGGUCUGGACGAGAGCCUGCUGGCCCGCGCCGAAGCCCUGGCAGCGGUGGACAUCGUCUCCCCGAGCAAGAGCCACCACCACCACCCGCCGCACCACAGCCCCUUCAAGCCGGACGCCACGUACCACACCAUGAACACCAUCCCCUGCACCUCGGCCGCCUCCUCCUCCUCCGUGCCCAUCUCCCACCCGUCCGCCCUGUCGGGCACCCACCACCACCACCACCAUCACCACCACCACCACCACCAGCCCCACCAAGCGCUGGAGGGGGAACUCUUGGAGCACCUGACGCCGGGUCUGGCGCUGGGGGCCAUGGCGGCCCCCGACGGCGCCGUGGUCUCCACGCCGGGCCACGCUCCGCACAUGGCCGGCAUGAACCCCAUGCACCCGGCGGCGCUGGGCAUGGCCCACGCCCACGGGCUGCCGGCCCACAUGGGCUGCAUGAGCGACGUAGACGCCGACCCCCGCGACUUGGAGGCCUUCGCCGAGCGCUUCAAGCAGCGCCGCAUCAAGCUGGGGGUGACCCAGGCCGACGUGGGCUCGGCGCUGGCCAACCUGAAGAUCCCCGGGGUGGGCUCCCUCAGCCAGAGCACCAUCUGCCGCUUCGAGUCCCUCACCCUCUCCCACAACAACAUGAUCGCCCUCAAACCCAUCCUGCAGGCGUGGCUGGAGGAGGCCGAGAAGUCCCACCGCGAGAAGCUGGCCAAGCCCGAGCUCUUCAGUGGCGCGGAGAAGAAGCGCAAGCGGACCUCCAUCGCCGCCCCCGAGAAGCGGUCGCUGGAGGCCUAUUUCGCCCUCCAGCCCCGGCCCUCCUCCGAGAAGAUCGCCGCCAUCGCCGAAAAACUGGACCUCAAGAAGAACGUGGUCCGCGUCUGGUUCUGCAACCAGCGCCAGAAGCAGAAGCGCAUGAAGUACUCGGCGGGCAUCUGAGCCGGCCGCGGAGGAGCAUCGACAGCAUCAGCAUCACCGUCAUCAAAAAAAAAUUAAUUAAACAACAACAACAACAGCAAAAAGGAAAGGAGACAAAAAAACCAAA